UCGGGGAGUGAAAAAAUAGUAUUUGGUUUGAAAGCUGGCUGUCGGAUCGCAGCGAUGUUAAUUAGUAAAUAGACACUGGAUUACGAAUAAAACGUGUGAAAUGUGCGUGCCAAUUGGAUUCGGAAGCAUCGGCUGACAUGUGGGUGCCUACGAAGAACAAGAAAUACGGCGUCGCCGUUUACAAUUGGGAAGGUGACACAAGAUAUGGCCUUUCCCUGGAAAUUGGCGACACUGUCCAAAUUUUGGAAGAGUGUGAAGGAUGGUUCAGGGGAUUUUGCUCAAAGAACAGAAGCUUGAAGGGUAUUUUCCCGACGUCAUAUGUCUGCGUCAAGUCCUGCCGAGUGGAAAAUGAAGGAGCCAACGAGGUGGUGACACCCCUCGAAGACGCUGUGGUCAACGAGGUUACACUUGUCUUGAGAGAAUGGGGUCACAUUUGGAAGAAACUCUAUUUGGAGAGGGAGUCUUACAAAUUUUCCACCCUUCGCAAGGUGAUGUGGGAGCUUUUGGACUGGCGCCGACAAAUGAUCACCGGCACCUUAACUCAAGACCAAGUCAGAGCCCUGCAGCUGAAAAUCACAUCCAAAGUGGAUUGGGGCAACAGAAAACUUGGACUGGAUUUAGUACCAAGAGUGGGCGCCCUAAUGGUGGACCCGACAACAAUGAGCAUUGUCGAGCUUCAUCAAGUGCACGUGCAGAGUUCCGAGAGUUCCCAAGGUGCAUCGGCGCGCGGCACCGUCCGUCGUCCGCGCGAGGGGCCCGGGGCGCUGAAGCGGGUGCUGACCCACCACUUGUACUUUUGCAUGCGCGACUUUCGGCUCAACGUGGGCGAGGACAUUGAGAUCUUCUUCUCACUGUACGACACCAAGCGAGCCGCCUACAUCAGUGAGAGAUUCCUCGUCAAAAUCUCCAAGGAGGGCUUCUCCAGCUAUGUCGAGAGGCUGCACAGCAACUGCACCAUUUUCACGGACCUGGGCACAUCUGACCUGAACCGCGACAUAGUUGUGGUGGCCCAUGUGAUGCGGGUGGGCCGGAUGCUGCUCUCUGACUCGGCCAAGCAUAAAUUGCCCCAACUGUACCGGCGGCCGUACGGUGUGGCCGUUCUCAACAUCAGCGAAUUCCUCCACAAGGAGAGGGAGCAGACGACUCCUCAAGAUCUUGACCAGGAAUUCUCGUUCAAGGUCUACCAGUGCGAGGAGAAAGAUUUUCACACAUUGCACGAGUUCAUUAUCAAAAAGCAAAGCAAUAAGUUCAGUCCCGUCUCUGGACAAGGCAACUAUGGCAUUGAUGUUUCCCUAAAACUGCUGCAUGGCGAACUUCCUCAAGUGAAAGAGGACAAUGCUCUUCUUCUAAAAAAUAUGGCUGUCACAAGAAAACUGGGAUUCGCAGAUGUCAUUAUGCCAGGAGAUGUUAGAAAUGACCUGUACCUGAUUCUUGAGAGAGGUGAGUUUGAGAGGGGCGGAAAAUCUACAGGCAAAAAUAUUGAAGUGACUGUCCUGGUUCUGGACAACACUGGAAAAUUGCUAGAUGACACUCUGUUUGGUGCAUCGGGAAUGGAUGGCUCCAGUUACUAUCAGUCGGUGGUGAUCUAUCACCACAAUUCCCCCUGGUGGGCUGAAACAAUCAGACUGGCAGUGCCAAUCGAUAGGUUUUACGGCGCACAUGUUCGAUUGGAAUUCCGGCACUGCUCAACUCGAGAUAAGACUGACAAGAAGCUCUUUGGCUUCUCAUUCUUCCGGCUGAUGGUCGACGGAGGCGCUACUAUUCAUGACGGUCUCCACGAACUCUACAUUUACAAGUGUGAAGAUAAGGGCAGGCUGGAUCCUGCUGUUUAUCUGAACUUGCCCAUUGGCGCUUGGGAUCCAAUUCCAGGCAUCCAGGAUGUGCCGUCACCCUUCGGACGGUCCACUAAAGAAGUUGUCUGCGUCCGCACUCUCUUGUGCUCUACAAAACUAACUCAAAAUGAUGAUCUUCUUGCUCUUCUGCAAUGGAAAGCGCAUCCUAACAAUAUAAAAGAGGCGCUCGAUGGAGUUUUGAAACUGAAUGGAGAGGAGUUGGUCAAGUUUUUGCAGGAUGUCUUGGACGCCUUGUUUUCCAUGUUCUCCACCGAAGACGGAAGCUCCACAGCACACUCUUAUUUGGUUUUCCACGUUCUUGUUAGCAUUUUCAGCUUGUUGGAAGACACAAAAUUUGAGCACUUCAAGCCAGUCAUGGACGCCUACAUUACAGGCCACUUUGCUGCUGCAUUAGUUUACAAGGGCUUGUUGAGUCAUGUGCAGCAAAGUGCAGACUUAGCCCAGACUACAGAUUCACAGGAACCCAUCCAGAAAAUAUUCCGUUCCCUAGAAUACAUUUUUAAAUUCAUCAUUCAGUCCAGGCUGCUUUUUGCCAGAGCAACCGGGUGCCAAUAUGAGGAAAACUUUAAAAAGGACCUUCUUAGUGUGUUUGCAGCUAUUAACAAAAUGCUAAGCCAACCUGGAGAAGUUAUUCUUCCAACACAAAUUUCUCUGCUGACCAACAUCAGUCCAGUAUAUGAGCAGCUCCAGCAGGUUUUGCCUACAAUUGAAUGCACCCAGUUGGCAACGGCAAUGUUGGCUAGUCUUCCUCGCGAUCUACCUCCUCAGUUGGCCCAGGCCAAGCUUACAGCAAUCAGGCAUCUAGUGACAAGCAAACUCUUCCAUGACAGCGAAUCCCGAAGCCUACUUUUAUCUGCUACCUGCACUCAUUUGAGGCCCCACUUGGCCCAAAGGAAUGAGCUAAAACUGAGCUCUGAUAUUUUGGCAGAUAUCACUUCAUAUCUGUUUAAGCAGCGAGAAUCUCAGAUUGCAGCAGGGAAGACUAAUGUUUUGCACCAUGACAUGGAAAUAAUCUGCAUUUCAAUCUUGGACAUGCUCCUUCAGACAGUGCUUAUUAUUUUGGAUCGAACAGCCACAGUUGUAGGCUAUUUGGUUGCAUGUCUGGUUGGAAUUUUACAAUUGAUGGAGACGUCGCACUAUCGACUCAUUUGGGCUGAGCUUUCCUCCAGAGAGUCGACAAAGCCACUCAAAGAUUUCCUUCUGCGUUUGUUCCUUGUUUUCCGGGACUUGGUGAAACAGGACGUGUUUCCCCAAGACUGGUUUGUGAUGAAGGCAGAAACCAAUCUAGUCAUGCUCGAGGCCCUUAAGGAGUUUUCGUUUCCACUGACAAACAGAUUUUUGGCAGAUAGACACGCAUUUGAUCACCAGCUCUGGACCAAUUAUUUCAACCUGGCCGUCAGUUUUCUAACGCAGCCGGCCCUUCAGCUGGAGCAGUUCAGUGAAGUGAAAAGGAACAAGGUGGUGAUUCGCUAUUCAGACCUGAGGGUCGUAAUGGGAUUCCAAAUCCUGGAAAUGUGGUCAACGCUGGGCGAGCACAAGAUUGCAUUUAUUCCCAGCAUGGUUGGCCCUUUCAUGGAGGUCACUUUAGUACCUGAACCUGAGCUGAGGAAAGCCACUUUGAGAAUAUUUUUUGACAUGAUGGAGGUCGAACAGCGAGCUAGAGGGAAUUUCAAGCAAGUCGAGUCAGAGCUGAUAGACAAAUUAGAUUUAUUGAUCAGCGAAAAUAAAGGCGACGACGAGUACAGACAGCUUUUCAACACAAUGGAGCACCUUAGUGCAGUCUUAUUGGAUCGAGUGCAAUCUGAGGACCCUGCAUGGAGAGACAGCGGAGCUGCUUUCAUCAGCUCUGUAACAAGACUCCUUGAAAGACUUCUUGACUACCGCUCUGUUAUUCAAGGAGACGAAAAUAGGGACAAGCGCAUGUCCUGCACUUAUAAUCUAUUGAAUUUCUACAAGAACGAGAUUGACAGGAAAGAGAUGUACAUUCGAUACAUCCAUAAGUUGCACGACCUUCACCUGGCAGCCGAGAACUUCUCCGAGGCUGGUUUCACCAUGAAGCUGUAUGCUGACCAGCUUACCUGGGGCAUGAAUCCUUUGCCAGCUUCUCCACACUUUCCAGCACAACCAGAAUGGCAAAGAAAAGAGAUGAUCUACAGGAAGAUUGUCCAUUACUUUGACAAGGGAAAGUGCUGGGAACAAGGAAUACCCCUGUGCAAGGAGCUGGCUGAACUUUACGAGUACAGACUUUUUGAUUACUCAAAAUUGAGCCACAUUCUUAACACACAAGCCAAAUUCUUUGAUAACAUUUUGAUGCAACUGAGACCUGAGCCUGAAUAUUUCCGUGUCGGAUUUUAUGGACUGAGUUUCCCACUUUUUGUCAGGAACAAAGUUUUCGUAUACCGUGGACUGGAGUAUGAGCGUAUUGGGGCUUUUACCCAACGCCUACAGACUGAAUUUCCAUCAGCGCAGAUACUCAUGAAAAACACCCUACCUGAAGACAACAUAGUCAAUUCUGACGGACAAUACAUUCAAAUUUGCAAUGUGAAACCUCUUUCCGACAACGAGUCUGUAUUCUCCAAGGGAAUGUUCCCAGUCCCUGAAAAAAUAGCCAGUUUCUACCAGGUUAACAUGAUCAAGAAGUUCCAGUCCGACAGGCCAGUCCACAAAGGUCCUAUUCACAAGGACAAUGAAUUUAAGAGUUUAUGGAUUGAGAGAACCACUCUGGAGACUUGCAACUCUUUGCCAGGCAUCCUGCGAUGGUUUGAGGUGACGAAGCGAAAAUGUGAUGAAAUUCCUCCUGUUCGCUUUGCCUGUGAAACCAUGGAAAAUGUUAAUGCUGAGCUGAGGCAGCUAAUUUACUAUCACACCAACGAACCGGGUCUCAACAUCAACCCACUCAGCAUGAGACUUCAAGGGAUAAUUGAUGCCAACGUUAUGGGAGGCAUUGCAAAGUACCAAGAGGCGUUUUUCGUACCGGAAUUCAUCACGUCUCAUCCUGAAUUUUCCGAAUUCGUCUACAAACUUCGCGCCCUGAUUUUCGAUCAGGUUCAUGACUUGGAAGCUGGUCUUAUUGUCCAUGGCCAACUUGCUCCACCUGAAGUUCAGCCACUACACAGACGGCUGAUGGAGAGACUGAGUCAGAUGAAGGCUGGACUGAGGCACUUGGCACCCCACUUGGACAUCAUGCAGAGUUCGGACAGCUACCACCGCAAAAUGGGCAGCAUUGUCCACAUGCCUCUUCCGCCCGUGCCCGUGGACAAGAACAACCCCACUUACGAAGGCGUCAAUGGCAUCUGCAGUCGAAGCUCAGGGUCGUCAGGCAACUACGGACACCUGGCCAUGGAAGCUGAUGACAUUUACUCAAAGCCUGGGGAAAAGGAGAAUGGGGACGGAUCAGCCCCUCCUGUUCCAGCCAGAGGGGAUAUCAGACCAAAGUCCGCCGGUUAUAACACCAUAGUAGAAAUGGCCAGAAAUCCAAUGGGCUCUCCGAGAAACGAAUAUACCUCGCUGCCUUCCGUUAGACCGACUCACUCAAGGGAGGGUAGCAUUGAUGCAGACCAUCCUCCAGUUCUCCGCAAGAGCAAACCACGAGCCCUCAGCCCACACAUGAAUGGAAAUGAUCAGUCUCAUCGCAACUCUUGGCCAGAUGGUGAGGCCGCGCCACCCCUGCCUCCUCGUGGCUGCACCCCUGACAAGCGGCCACCCGAGUACACCCCGCCUGCGCCUCCGAAGAGACUGGGGGCCAACAACAAGAAUUCGCUGGACGGCGGUGAUAACAUUUCCAAUGGCAGCGGCGAGAACCAGUCUAUCGGGUCUGCCGAAUGGGGCCCUGUGAUCGACGCCUCCGACCCACCGAUCCUGAGCCCGCGGUCGCAGCAACCGCCGGCGCCGCCACCCAUCCCUCCGAAGGGGACCCCGCCCUUGGCGUUGAGCACCACGCCAGUCGAUCCAGCCACUGCCAACGAGAACUACUCGGUGCCUCCCAGACUGAGGAGCAGCACCAUGGAGAGCACCAACAGCACCACUAGUCCUUGAAAGGGAAGGUUGGUUUUAGCCCUUAGGUCUUUUGUCCACUUUAAAACUCCUCCGUUAUUCUCUCGGCUCAGGAUCAAAAUUUUAAAGAUGCAGUAAUUUCAGUCAGUUUUAGAGUGAAAUUUUAUUUUCAAACUUUUGUUCCUCAACUUACUGUUUUUUAUUAUUAUAGCAAUUCCCUUGACAUUCCCUAGUCUCCAGCAGUCUCCAGUAUUCACCUUUUUUAUUUCCCAUUUAAAUAAUCUCUUCGCAUUCCUUAAACAAACUAUUAUAAAAGAGCUAUGUAUAUUAUCUAGAAAUAUACACUAAAUAAACCCCGCGGAAAAUCCCUCACCUUUGAACCGUCUUUCCAUGGAACCCAUUUUUCACCUGUUAAACAUGAAAAGUCUGCUUAGCCAAUUUCCGAAAAAAGUAUACACAAAUAAUUCUGAGAUGACAAUAUGUAGCACCUUUUUUGGUUGUUUUGCGUAUUUUUGCAACAAAAGAAAAAUACUCUCGACAAAAAAUACUUCAUUAUUUUCAUUAGUUUCCUGAAUCUAAAGAAAAAUCUGAUAUAUUUUUGCCGCUCUCUUUCUCUGUCCACGAUCUCAACGACUCACCUAUUUUGCUGAUUGGAAAAGUAUUUUAACAACUGGAUCGGUAUUUUUGUAUUUUUUAUUAUUUUUUUUAAAUCUUCAUCGUGCAUUUACAUUUAUGGAAAUACUCGAAAUACUGACAACUUUACUAAAUAUAAACAGAACAGUUUUAGGCUCUACAACUUUAGUGGUUUAAGCGCAAGAAACAGUGAAACUAGUCCAGUGUAUUAUGAUAUAAUUAAAUAUAAUUACUCUUCUAUAUAAUGUGUAUUGCGCUGUAUUUUAAAGCAGUAAAUUUGCUCUUUUCCUAUUUAACAUAAUGUAUUUGUAUCGACCGACAGCUAUUUUUUCGUAAAGCUAUACUACAUAACAAAAUGUUUAAAACUAGAAAUCGCAUAUCGAAUAAAUCGUAGGUGAUAAUACAAAAACCGUAGCGUAGAUUAGUAAGUUAAUGUCAACAUUCGCAGGACACGCAGAAUAAACCAAUUGAAACAAAUCUUAGACUGGAAAAAGAAUGACAAACGCGCAUUGUAGACAAGAGUAGCAAAAUAUUCCAGACACCAGCACUUUUGUUUGUUAUAAUCUUGUGAAAGAUCGACCAAAAUUAUUUCCGUCUUUUUGCUAUAUAACAACACGUGUCCAUAGUGUCCAAAAAUUCGUCAUGCGGUCUUAGGAGAAAACCGGUGUGCUCUAGUGCCGCAAAAUUGUUUGUUACUUUUCCAGCAGAGCACAUUCGUCUAGCUCAAUUCUGUGUAUAUUUCAUUAAGAAAAAAAUAUUGCGAUUUGUAAAUUAAUUUCAGUGUAUUUUAGUGUUUUAGAUAAUAAAAAUGCGACAAUUUGUGUUCAA